AGAGUCUCAGUGAAGAUGCGGCACCUCCUCCUCCUUCUCAUCCUCCUGUCCUGUGUUUCCAUGGGAGUAGCAGUGGCCGGUUGCCGCAGUGACCGGGACAAGGACCACCGUCCCAGGGAGAACUGCACAGCAGCCGGCUUCAGCGACAUCCCAGUGGGGCUCGAACCCACGACAAAGGUCCUGUUGUUUCCCAGUAACCUGUUCUCCAGUCUGUCCUGGUCCUCCUUCCAGGUCUUCCCAGAGAUCUAUGAGAUCGACCUCACGGGAAACAAGGUUCCAGAGGUAACCCCGACUGCUAGUCCCAUUCUCCCCACACUUAGUGUCCUCAGGCUAGGGUCAAAUCGUCUGACCUCCCUCCCUGACGGCUCCUUCUCUGCCUGCCCAGGUCUGACUGAACUCUACCUGGAAAACAACGUUAUCAACUCUCUGAGUGAUCACACCUUUUCUGGACUCACUAAGCUGGAGAUCCUGGAGCUGUCAUCCAAUCACAUCAAGGUGCUUCCUCAAAGUAUGCUUCACCCCCUCCCCACCAUAGAAACUCUCUACCUGGAGAAAAACAAGAUCAGCGUGAUGCCCGAUGAAUGGUUCAGCCGAAAGGAGGAGGUGCCUUAUCUCUACCUCUCAGCCAAUCCCUGGGCAUGCACCUGCUCCCUUGGUUAUUUGCGCAGGUACCUUGAUGACUAUGAACUCAACGUCUAUGUGCGGGAUGGUCCCGAAAUCAAGAGUGAUGCAGAAAGCGUGGUGUGUGACUCUCCCCGGCAGCACAAAGGUACACCUGUAAUAAGUCUGGAAGAACCUGAUCUGUGUUCAGCAUCUGGUCCAGAUGGAGAUUUCUACCAGCCAACUACUCAGUACUCUUUUUAUCCAUCGACUUCUCCUCCUGACCCAGCUCCGUCUACUUCUUCUCCUCUCGAUUCCACAACAUUUGUAGAUUUAUACACAAUGCACACAACAAUCACAAGGUCCUUGUAUGAAGUCACCACCAGGCUUAUUGAACGGUCAGAGUAUUCACACAAAGAGAUAACAACAGAAACAUCAGUUGGGCUUCAUGACUUGACCACUCAUUCUACUACUUCUACUGCCAGACAUUUGACUGAAACUCAAACAAUACCUGUUGAAAAAACCACAGCUAUUGCUUUAACUACAACACUGCCAACAACAACGAUGAACAUAGUCACAACCACCACCACUGAGGCUACCACAGCUUAUCAGGCACUCACCACCACUAAAUCCAGCCCCGAUGAAAAACAGGAACAUGAAAAACUUAUUACUUCCAGGCCUGCAGGGGUGUUCUGCAUUUGGCUGUUCGCGGGCUGCCUGCUGCUCUGCGUGGCAUCAGCUGCAUGUAUAUUGGUAACUUUAGCUAAUAUGGUCAUCUGGUACAGGAGAGUGUAUAAGCCGCUAUGUUUGCAGUUAGCGAGGAGAAGAGGAGGAAGUGAAGGAUUGAUGCUGUUAACGUACAACAGGGUGGAAGGGAAGGACGUGGGAGGUGAAGGAGUAAUGGCGCUUUAUCGCUCUGUUCUGUUGGUCCACAGAGAGGCAGGAGAAGGUAUGCAAAGGGAAGAUGUAGGUGAGGGAGGGGAAGGAGACGGGAAACAAGGGCAGCUUGUCAUUCUAAAACCCGCAGGUGGAGGAGCAACAAGGGAGGAAGAAGAAGAAAGAAGUGGGAAGGAGGAGCGAGCAGUAUAUAAGAAGACUUUGUACCGUCUGUUAAGCAAAGAGGAGGAGAUAGAGGGAUGGAGGGAUGUGGUGGAGGAGUGCAGAGUGUCUGAAGAAGAUGGAGGUCAAAAAGGAUAUCGGGGGACAGAAAGAGAGAGGAGCAGAGGUGGAGAAGGAGUGUCCAAAAAGCGCUACAGUGUGAUUCUGAGGGAGGAGAGACAGGAUGUGGGGGGAGGUAAAGAAGAGCUGGACUGGGUGGUAGGAGGGUGGGAAGUGAAAAGAGGAGGGGGGGAGAUAGAAGAAGAGCCAAGGAGCAGCUGGGGGGAGUGGCUGGCACACUAUUUACCCAGCAUGCCGUGGGGAGUUACCACACCUCCUGAGGCUGAGGCAGGCCUUUGA